AUGCGGAUAUUGGCCAGAUUCCCCUUAAGAGGGUUGAUUUCUUCAAUACCUCGAACGACUGAAAGCGCCUCCAGCGUGUCAAGACACCGCCGCCCAUACUCCACCCAUCCCCCGAACGCCCGCCUAAAUAUCCCCACAGACUUCUCCACGACCCCACUGCUCGCCCAUAGCUCUCAGUCCGCUCUGCAAAACCCCGAGCUACCUCCUGAUGCUCGCAAUGGCACGACAAAACGGAUGAACCUCUUCCAAUCUAUCAAUGAUGCUCUAUCCAUUGCUCUGGCUGCGGAUGAUUCAGUAUUGCUAUUUGGAGAGGAUGUUGCUUUCGGUGGAGUUUUCCGCUGUAGCAUGGGCCUUGCAGACGAAUAUGGCGGCGAGAGGGUCUUCAACACACCGUUAAGUGAACAGGGAAUUCUUGGGUUUGCCAUUGGAGCUGCUGCGGAGGGCAUGAAACCAGUGGCAGAAAUCCAAUUUGCAGAUUAUGUGUAUCCCGCAUUUGACCAAUUGGUCAACGAAGCAGCGAAGUUCAGGUAUAGGGACGGCAAAGGGGGAAGAAAUGCUGGUGGAUUGACCGUCAGGAUGCCGUGUGGGGGAGUUGGACACGGAGCCUUAUACCAUUCGCAAUCACCGGAGAGUUUGUUCACGCAUAUCCCAGGAUUACGAGUUAUAAUACCGAGAUCUCCUAUUCAGGCCAAGGGCUUGCUGCUUUCAGCAAUUGCGAGCAAUGACCCGUGCGUCUUCAUGGAGCCUAAAGCGCUGUACCGAGCUGCUGUUGAGCAAGUGCCAACUGCUCCCUAUACUCUGCCACUUUCAAAAGCCGAAAUUCUGAAACAAGGGGCAGACUUGACCAUUGUUUCCUAUGGACAUCCACUUUAUACGUGCAGCGCCGCGAUUGAAAAGGCGGAGAAAGAUCUCGGUAUAAGCAUAGAGUUAAUUGACCUACGGACAGUGUAUCCUUGGGACAAAGACUGUGUGCUGAAAAGCGUGAGAAAGACUGGGAGAUGUCUUGUUGUACACGAAAGCAUGAUCAGCGCUGGUAUCGGUGCUGAGGUUGCUGCGAGUAUACAGGAGGAUAAAGAUACCUUUUUGAGACUGGAAGCGCCAGUGAUGAGGGUUGCCGGGUGGGAUACCCACAUGGCGCUGGCGUUCGAGCGAUUCAAUAUUCCAGAUGUCGCCAGAGUGUACGAUACCAUAAAACGAUCGGUUGAGUAUUGA